CAUCAAUGGGUCUCUCCACGGAGGACGCACGACUAAAUACAUACCACAGCCUUGGAUAUGGCACUACAGAUAAAGAAGAUCCAUCUCUUCUUAUGAGGGUGGCAAUGGCAAGGUGAAGACUGAGACAGCGGAAAGCCUUGUACAGCUUGUCAGGUGAUGUUGCUGGGGUGUUAAAGGCUGCCACAUGCAUCGUCACCCACUUAAUCAGCAUCACCAUGCCCACAAUGCAGGAUCCUAGCAUGAAUUAUAACUUGAGUGCAGUGCCCUGGGACCCUGGUGCCUUCCAGCCACCGUCGUUGACAAACAGUGCUGUGAAGAUGGUGGCCAUAUCAGCUAUUGUGUGCAUGUCUCUCUUUGGCAAUGUGGUGGUACUGCUGGUGUUCCAAAGAAAGCCACAGCUUCUGCAUGUGGCCAAUCGCUUCGUGCUCAACCUGCUGCUAGCUGAUCUGCUACAAACUGUGCUUGUCAUGCCAUUUGUUAUUGCUGCCACUGUACCUGAGGUCUGGCCACUGGACAUCCAUCUGUGUCAAGCCCUUGUGGUGCUUAUGCAUCUUUUUGCUUUUACUGGUGUAAACACUAUUAUUGUUGUGUCAGUGGAUCGCUACCUGGCCAUUAUCCACCCGCUGUCAUAUCCAACACGCAUGACACCUCACCUGGGCACUAACCUGAUUGCGCUUACCUGGCUGGUGAGCUUGCUGCAGAGCACCCCACCUCUCUAUGGCUGGGGAGCUAUCGAUUUUGACCGACACCACAAUGCCUGCACCAUGGUAUGGUCCUCCAGCCACUCAUACUCAGCGCUGGUUGCUACUCUUUCCUUCUGGCUGCCUGUGGCCAUCAUGCUUGGCUGCUACUGGAUGGUGUUUAGAGCAGCCCGGCGGCAGAAUGCUUUGGUGCACCCUGUUCAAACAAAUCACCCUCCAGACUCAGGCUCUAGUCCCCACAGGCAGCAGCAACAGCAACAAGAAGGCUCCUUUUCAGCCACAAAUCCUGCCAGGAACAGACACAGACGUUUCCAUUAUCACUGCAAGGCAGCACGGGUGGUUUUUGUCAUCAUGGCCUCCUAUGUGCUCAGCAUGGGCCCAUACAGUGUUUUAAGCACCAUUUCCAUAUGUUCCCGCACUGCUGUGCCACCAUGGCUGGCCUCAAUGGCACUUGUCCUCUUUUUCUUACAGUGCUGUCUGCACCCAUACAUUUACGGCUAUAUGCACCGUAGCGUGCGCAAGGAGUUCUUGGCGCUGCUUUGUGGGCCGCGAUGUGGACAGACCCGUCCAGGGCGAGCUUCGGCUGUGGACAGCUGCUUCACAGUGACAGAUGGGCGGUCAGCACAGAUGCAUAUCCCUAGCCACAUGAUCCGCAUAUGUUCCCUUCAGACUUGGGAGGAAGGGACAACAUCAUCUUCACCUAUAGUCCGGAGGUCAAAGGAGAGCCACAAAGAGACAACGUCUGUUAGCCUGAGCCCUGAGAGGGAUUUUACUCUGCAUAGCACCAAGUGAAGUGAAUGUGUUAUGUUUGUAAUCCUCUUGAGGAAAACAAAUACAUCAAUUUGCAUGAGAGAGUCAAAAGUAUUUAGUCCAGGUGACUAGCUUUAUGUCUUAAACAUGUCUGACUGCUAAUCCAGUAGGUUUCAUCAGUCUUACCCUAAUAUACCGCUAGACUUUUAAAAUGGCUUAGGUGACUGAAAACCUUUAUAGACACUGACUGAGUGGUUAGUAGUUAUUAUUUGUCAGUUUCUUAAAUGAGAAAUUCCAAAAACUCAUGUAUCUCUGAUAUUCCUAUUAGCUCAUACGUCGUUUCAACUGGUGGUUGCACAUUUAAAAAAUGCUUUUCUGAUGUUCUUGAUGCAGGAAAUAGUUAAUAUAGUAUUUGAUAUUAAAUGGCCUGUUAAUAUUGAACUAUAAUGAAGUUAUAGGUAUGUUAAAUGUAGUAUAUUUUUACUACUUUUUUGGUAUAGUAGGGAUUUACAUGUAUGCCAUUUUGUGAUGCUAUGUGCAAUAUUUGUAAGUUCAACCAAAACAUACGUAUUUUGAGUCCAAAUAUUUGUCAGAGACAGGUAGAAGCCUUGAAGUUUAAAUAUUAGCGUGACAUAAAUUUUGCUGUGGUGCCUCAAAUGGAGAAACACUUUCAUAUAAAAUUUAAAAAAAAAGGAUCAUCAAAAGAAGGAGACAUCAAAAUUACAGGUAAGCAACAAGCAAAAUUUUGACAAAACAUUUAUUAACAUUUUAAAAGUAAACAGUGCUGGAGGUUUUACACUUUUAAUCAAUCUUUAUAAAGACAUAAUCUUUUAAACAAUUACACUUUAGCUAGAAGAAUGACUUUAUGUGGAGAUUUUUGUUUCUCUCAUGAGAGUAUCCAGCCUCUUGAGGUAUAGUACAGU